UGUGGUGUUAAACGUGUGUGUGUGUGUGUGUGUGUGUGUGCGCAGUGGAUGAUUCAGCAGGAUAAGCCGUUGGCGGGCAGCAUGCCGGUGGUUUGGCCCACGCUGCUCGACCUCAGCAGAGAUGAGUGCAAACGGAUUCUGCGCAAACUGGAGCUGGAGGCGUACGCCGGGGUGAUCAGCGCUCUGCGAGCUCAAGGAGAUCUCACCAAAGACAAGAAGGAGCUGCUGGGAGAACUGACUCGAGUGCUGAGUAUCUCUACAGAGCGCCAUCGAGCCGAGGUGCGCAGAGCCGUCAACGAUGAGCGCCUGAACACCAUCGCAUAUCACAUGUCGGGGCCGAACAGCUCGUCUGAGUGGUCGAUCGAGGGCCGUCGACUGGUUCCUCUGAUGCCCAGACUGGUUCCUCAGACGGCCUUCACCGUCACGGCUAACGCAGUGGCUAACGCUACCGCGCACCAGAACGCCUCGCUAAUGCUGCCCGCAGACACCGCCAACAAAGAAGUGGUUGUGUGUUACUCGUACACCAGCACGAGCUCCACUCCUCCCAGUGCAUCGACUCCCAGUAGCAGUGCAGCCGCCGCUGUGAAAUCCCCUCGACCCGCCAGUCCUGCAUCCAACGUGGUGGUGCUGCCCAGCGGGAGUACAGUCUACGUCAAGAGCGUGAGCUGCUCGGACGAGGAUGAGAAACCCCGUAAGAGGCGCAGGACCAACUCCUCAAGCUCCUCCCCCGUCCUGCUGAAGGAGGGGCCUAAACUGGCCACGCCCCUUUCCAAAACCAUCACAGUCCCCGUGAGCGGCAGCCCGAAGAUGAGCAACCUGAUGCAGAGCAUCGCCAACUCUCUCCCGCCACACAUGUCCCCGGUGAAGAUCACCUUCACCAAACCCUCCACGCAGACCACCAACACCACCACACAGAAGGUGAUCAUCGUGACCACGUCUCCCAGCUCCAACUUCGUGCCGAACAUCUUGUCGAAGUCCCACAACUACGCGGCGGUGUCGAAGCUGGUGUCGAGCGCGGCGCUCACGGCGUCCAAUCAGAAGCAGACCAUGGUGAUCUCCGCCGGCUCCUGCGCGGCCCCGGGGCCUAGCGCUGUCGCCGUGACGACCGUGGUGUCCUCCAGCCCCUCAGUGGUGAUGUCCACCAUCGCACAGGGCGGGUCCUCCACGGCACUGAAGAUGUCCUCCACGCGUCUGCCGUCCCCGAAGGCUCUGAUUGGCUCCUCGUCUCAGAUCCUGCAGAUCCCCAAGGCCCAGCAGACGGUGCAGUGUGUGUCUCCCAAAGCCCUGCAGGCGCUGGCGUCUCCUCAGGCCUCGGGCCCCGGGGCCAAACCCACCAUACAGAUCAAGCAGGAGUCCGGUGUGAAGAUCAUCACGCAGCAGAUGCAGCCCAGUAAGAUCUUGCCCAAGCCCUCGGGUGCCGCCCUGCCCAGCAGUAGCUCCGCCCCCAUCAUGGUGGUCAGCAGCAACGGGGCCAUCAUGACCACCAAACUGGUGUCCAACCCCACAGGCACUCAGGCCACUUACACUCGUCCGUCGGUCAGCCCUGCGCUCGGCACUCGAGUGUCGUCCCCCGCCGGAGCCACGUACGUCAAGACCACCAGCGGCAGCAUCAUCACCGUCGUGCCCAAGUCCCUCGCCACGCUGGGGGGCAAGAUCAUCACCAGCAGCAUGGUGUCAGGAAGCACCACGAAGAUCACCACCAUCCCCAUGACGUCGAAGCCCAACGUGAUCGUGGUGCAGAAGACCUCGGGCAAGGGAACCACCAUCCAGGGCCUGCCGGGGAAGAACGUGGUCACGACGCUGCUGAACGCUGGGGGAGAGAAGAGCCUGCAGGCGAUGCCCGGGUCCAAGCCCGCCAUCAUCACCGCAUCCAGACCCAUCACUAAGAUGAUCGUGACGCAGCCCAAGAGCCUCAGCGCUGGGGUCACGCCCUCCACCGCCACCAAGAUCAUCCCCACCAAGAUCGUGUACGGACAGCAGGGCAAGACACAGGUCCUGAUCAAGCCCAAGCCCAUGGCGUUCCAGGCGGUGGUGAGCGAGCAGGCCCGUCAGCUGGUCAGCGAGACGCUUCAGCAAGUCUCUCGCAGCGCUGACCCCUCCGGAUCCACUCAGGAGACGCUCCGAGACGACUCCACCGCGCUCAGCGAGUCCGACAGCGCGCACGACGCUCAGCCGGUGGUGCACGUGAUCGCCUCCAGGGGGCAGGACUGGGCCGAGCAGGAGGUGUCCGUGGAAGCCAGUCCCACCAUCAUUUACCAGGACGUUACAGGAGAGUCCCAGUCGGCAACCUCCACCAUUAAAGCCCUUCUGGAGCUGCAGCAGACCAGCGUGAAGGAGAAGAGCGACGCUAAGCCUCGACAGCACACGAUCGACCUGAGUCAGAUGGCAGUGCCGAUCCCAGUGUCCUCGGAGCGGAGACAGUCCCCGGAGCCGUCGGGUCAGAACACCGGAGACGCGGACACCAUCCCGGAGUACAUCCCUAUCGUUUCAGGUAAAGUGUGUAAAGCUGUGGUGGGAGGAGACGUCACUGCGUCCAGCAGCCAGAGCCAGAACCAGAACCAGAACCAGUCGAGCUCAGCCAAGAGCAUCGCCACUGUAGCGUGUGGAGCCGCCGCACAACAGGUGGAGGGGAAGCCGCUGCAGGAGCAGAUGCUGGUGGACGACGGCGAGUUCGAGGGAGACACGUUGGACCCUCAGACGGGUCUGUUCUACCGCUCGUCCCAGCAGCCCCUCAGCAAGCCUGUGAUUGGCCCGCCGGAGACGAAGAGGGCGGAGCCUGUGCCAGCGAGAGCUGUGGUCCAGAGAGCGCCCCCUGCUGGCCCUCCACCGGUGUCCCUCACUGCACACACACCUCAGCUGCCCCGACUGCAGCAGGCGCCCACCUCACACAACCGGCCCAACACACACACACAGCUGUCCCAGCCGCCGCCGCUGCAGGCGCAUCACCCCGUGGGCUCCGGGAAGAGCAGCGCGCAGGUGCAGCAGCCAAUCAUCACGCAGGGCGCCAGCGUCACCAGGAUCACGUUCGGCAGCCCCCAGCCGGUUCCUCAUCCGGUUCCUCAUCCGGUUCCGCAUCUUCAGGGUCCGCCGGUGUCCAGCAGCGCCGAGGCGGCAGUGAAGCUCCAGUCCGAGUCCAGCUCCAGUGUGCCGGUGCCGGAGAAGCCCUCGGGCUCAGACAUCCUGAAGAUCUCCAUGCUGGAGGCGGAGCUGGAGCCCAUGAUGGUGGACUCCUCCAGCGACUGCGGCCCAAUGACCUCAGCGGCCGCCGCCUCCUCCUCCUCCUCUUCAUCACUCAUCAGCAGCUCCAAGCAGACGCUCGAGGCCUUCAGCCGAGCCAAGAGCAAAGAGCUGGACAUCAUACAGGUGAUCCCCCAGUACUCCAUCAUGCCCGACUCCAGCCAGUCUAAUGUUGUGGUGGAGCCGAGUGGGUUCCUGGAGAUCAGCGAUUACACCAGCCAGCGCCUGGACCAGGAGGCCAUGCAACAGGAAGUGGACAGCAGCAACGACGAGGGGGCGGCGGCCAGCCCCACGGCUGACCAAUCAGUGUGAAGCACGGCCGACCAAUCACAGUGAAGCACGUGGAACUCGUGCUGUAUAGAGAAACAUUCAGUGAGUUUGUGCUUCGUCCUGCAGCGGAGAACAAUGUUUGUGUUAAAUUCUACUUCAUUUAUAGUUUUAAGUAGAGCUGAUGGACUCUUUAAGACUCUGUUCUGCUCUCUGAUUGGUGUAAAUAGCGUCGCUCAUGUAAAUCAGUAUCU